CUCUCUCUUGCCACUCCUCAGAGAGAGAGAGAGAGAGAGAGAGAGAGAGGGUGGUAGGAAAGGGGAAGUCUGGUAGUUUCUGGAAUAUUGGGAGAAGGAAGAGGGAGACCCUACAAGUACGAGCAGAGAAGAGAAAUCAGCAUGCUGAGUCUGGGCUCCCCCGGGGGGCGCUCUCUGACCGAGGAGCAGUUCCAGUGCUCCAUCUGCCUGGAGGUGUUUGUGGAGCCGGUGUCCACGCCCUGCGGCCACAGCUUCUGCAAGGCCUGCCUGCAGGGCUACUGGACCCACAGCAAGCAGUGCGUCUGCCCCAUGUGCAAGAAGAACUUCCCCCGGCGGCCCGAACUCAGCGUCAACCGCGUCCUGGCCGAAAUCUCCACCCACUUCCAGGGGCUGGGCGUGGCGGAGGCGGGGCUGGGGGCGGGGCCGGACGCCAGGCCGGGGGAGUCGGUGGGUGGAGACUUUGCGCAGGUGGGGGAUGUGGCCUGCGACUCCUGCAUUGGGAGGAAGAUGAGGGCAGUGAAGUCGUGCCUGACCUGCUGUGGGUCGUAUUGCGAGGCCCACCUCCUGCCCCACCGUCGCGUCAAAGAGCUCGCCUCCCACCGCCUGACUCGGCCCCUGCCCCGCCUCGAGGAACAGGUCUGCAAGAAACACCAGCGCCUCCUGGAGGUCUACUGCCGCAACGACCACACCUGCGUCUGCACCGCCUGUGCAGACACUGCACACCGCACGCACAACAUCGUUUCCAUCGACCGCGAGUGGAAGCGGAAAAUGAGUCACCUGGGUAAGAGGAGGUCAGAAGUAAAACACUUGAUCAAGGAGAGAGCUAAGAAGCUUGAGGAGAUCAAACAGUCUAUCAAGGUCAUCAAGACCUCAGCGCAGCGGGAGCUGGAGGAGAGCUGGAAGGUGUAUGCAGAGCUGCAGCGCUUGGUGGAGCAGAGCCAGGCGGAGGUGGUGGAGCAGAUCACCGCGCGGCAGCGGGAGGCGGAGCGGCAGGCCCAGGAGCUGGCCCACGGCCUGGAGGAAGAGCUGGACCAGCUGAGGAAGAGGAGCUCCGAGCUGGAGGCACUCGCUCACACUGAUGACAAACUACUGGUGCUGCAGAUCCUCCCCACUUUGGCCCCUCCCCCUGAGCCGAUGGACUGGUCCGGCGUGUCCGUGAAUACUGACCUGUAUGUGGGGACUGUGAGGUCAUCAGUCAGCGCCCUGCUGGAAAAGAGCCAAGACAUGCUCAAGAGACUCUACAGCAAAGAGUUACGUAAGCUACAGAACUAUGCAAGUGAGGUGUUUCUGGACUCGGGCACGGCUCAGCGGAGCCUGGCACUGUCAGCGGACGGGAGGAAGGUGUGGUUUGAGGAGCGCAAGCAGCCGGCUCCGCAGGGAGAGGCCACGCGGCGCUUCCACCCCGCCCUGUUCGUGCUCGGCCGCGAGAGCCUCAGCUCCGGCCGCCACUACUGGGAGGUGGAGGUGGGCUCCAAGACCGCCUGGACCCUGGGCGUGGCGCGGCAGUCCGCCCACAGGAAGGGGGACAUCCGGCUGAGCCCCGAUAACGGGUUUUGGUGCCUGUGGCUGAAGGGCGGGGAGAUCAAGGCCCUAAGCUCCGCCCGCCUGCCCCUGCUGGUCCCCGAGCUCCCCAGCAAGGUGGGCGUGUACCUGGACUACGAGGCGGGGCAGGUGUCCUUCUACGACGUGAAGGCGCACGCGCACCUCUACACCUUCAUGGACGCCUUCACCGAGAGCCUGUUCCCCAUAUUCAGCCCCUGCCCCGCCCAUGACGGCAAGAACGCCGCCCCCCUCAUCAUCUCACCCGUCAAGCACAGCUGAGCAAAAUCUCACACUCUGCCCCUCUCCCAAACCACUCCCCCUGAGCUACAGACCCCACCCCUCUCCCAAACCACUCACCCUGUGCUACAGACCCCACCCCUCUCCCAAACCACUCCCCCCGAGCUACAGACCCCGCCCCUCUCUCAAACCACUCCCCCUGAGAUACAGACCCCGCCCCUCUCCCCGAGCUACAGACCCCACCCCUCUCCCAAACCCCUCUCUCUGUGCUACAGACCCCACCCCUUUUCCAAACCACUCUCUCUGUGCUACAGACCCCACCUCUCUCCAAAACCACUCCCCCCGAGCUACAGACCCCGCCCCUCUCCCAAACCACUCCCCCUGAGAUACAGACCCCACCCCUCUCCCCGAGCUACAGACCCCACCCCUCUCCCAAACCCCUCUCUCUGUGCUACAGACCCCACCCCUUUCCCAAACCACUCUCUCUGUGCUACAGACCCCACCUCUCUCCAAAACCACUCCCCCUGUACUGCAAACCAGGCCCCUCCUUGUGUGGGAGUUCUCCUGUGAUGUUCCAGGGGUACAGACACUGUUUUUACAGAAACAUGACUGUCAAGGACUGUCAGAUUCCAAAUUUAUGUCUGUACAUUGAAUUAAUGAAUGUGCUUAAACUCACAGAAGCCUGCUGAUCUGAGCAGAUCAGUCUCCAAAUUGCUGUUCUUUUAGGGUCAGAAGGAAAUCGGUCAGCUGUGGCUUCCUGUUCUAUAUGAAGAAUCUCUGUACUCAUAUGUGAAGGGUCCCAGAUACUUUACAUCAUGACGUCUUUAUGUCUAAUGCAAUAAUGGACUUGAUUACCAUAUUUUAGAAAUAGGUUUUUUUAAACAUACUAUUUUUUACUACUGUAUUUUAUACUAUAGAGUUUAGCAUUAAAAUGCUAAAUGUAAAAAUAUACUAUAUCUGUACACUGAAAACGUGGUAUUAUUAACUGUAUUUUUCAAUUUGAAUAAAAAUGAUCAGAGGAAAGGACUUGUCUGGACUUCCUCUACAAU